AUGAUGGAGGCAAAUCUUGAGGCUCUGCAGAACUCUAUGCAAGAACUCGAGGAAAGACGAGAGGAUCUGUUAAGAAGAGUUACAGCAGAAGAAGACAAAGGUUUGCAAAGGCUUGCUCAAGUCCAAGGAUGGCUUUCAAGAGUAAAUGUUUCUGGUUCUCAAGUCAACGAUCUGCUGAAGGCUAAGUCACUUCAAACUGAAAGAUUGUGUCUAUGUGGAUAUUGUUCUAAGAAUUUCAUGUCAGGCCGUGAUUAUGGUAAAAAGGUAAUGAAGACGUUGAGCGAAGUUAAAGGACUUGUAUCCAAAGGAGUUUUUAAAGUUGUGGCGGACAAAGUGCCUGCACCUAAGGUGGAAAAGAAGCAUAUCCAAACCACAGUUGGUUUGGAUACAAUGGUCGAAAAGGCAUGGAACCGCCUCAUGAAAGAUGGACCAAGAACUAUGGGUCUGUACGGAAUGGGGGGAGUAGGUAAAACCACCCUCUUAGCUUGUAUCAACAACAAAUUCCUUGAAGUGACAAAUGGGUUUGAUGUUGUGAUUUGGGUUGUUGUCUCUAAAGAUUUGCAAAAUGAGGGUAUUCAAGAACAGAUCUUGGGAAGACUAGGUCUUCACAGAGAAUGGAAGCAAGAAACAGCAAAAGAGAAAGCCUCUUACAUAUACAAUUUCCUCAACGUGAAGAAAUUUGUGCUGUUACUGGACGAUCUAUGGAGCGAAGUAGAUUUAGAAAAGAUUGGAGUUCCACCUUUAACUCAAGAAAAUGAAUCCAAAAUAGUUUUCACCACCCGUUCUAGAGAAGUUUGCAAAGACAUGGAAGUUGAUGAUGAGAUGAAAGUUGAUUGUCUGCCACGAGAUGAAGCCUGGGAAUUGUUUGAAAAGAAAGUUGGGCCAAUCCCAUUAAAGAGCCAUCAAGAAAUCCCCACCCUUGCAAGAAAAGUAGCAGAAAAAUGUUGUGGUUUGCCACUUGCACUCAGUGUCAUUGGCAAAGCUAUGGCAUCUAGAGAGACUGUUCAGGAAUGGCAUCAUGUGAUUCAUGUUCUAAAUUCGUCAAGCCACGAAUUUCCAAGUAUGGAAGAGAAGAUUCUUCCUAUUUUGAAGUUCAGUUAUGAUAGUUUAAAAGACGAAAAGGUCAAACAGUGCUUCCUGUAUUGUUCUUUGUUUCCGGAAGAUUAUGAAGUUAAAAAGGAAGAGUUGAUAGAAUACUGGAUAUGCGAAGGAUUUAUAGACGGAGAUGGAGAUGAAGAAGAAGAAGAUGGAGCUAUCAACAAAGGUCAUGAUAUAAUUGGCUCGUUGGUUCGUGCUCAUCUAUUGAUGGAUGGUGAACUAACGACGAAAGUGAAAAUGCAUGAUGUUAUACGCGAGAUGGCUCUUUGGAUAGCGUCAGGCUUUGGGAAACAGAAAGAAACAAUCUGUGUGAAAUCCGGUGCGCAGUUACGCCAUAUACCAAAGGACAUCAACUGGGAAACUUUAAGAAGGAUGUCUUUAAUGAGUAAUCAGAUUGGUACGAUGUCUCGCAGUGACAACUGCCCCAACCUUUCAACUCUGUUACUCCAAAACAACAAGCUGGUGGAUAUUUCAGGUGGUUUUUUUCGGUUUAUGCCUGCACUUGUGGUGCUGGAUCUGUCGAGGAACUUGAGUCUCUCUAGAUUGCCGGAAGAAGUUUCUAACCUCGGUUCUUUGCAGUAUCUCAACUUAUCAACAACAGGGAUAAAACGGUUGCCAGCUAGUUUAAAGGAGUUGAAGAAACUAAUCAACUUGAAUCUGGAGUUUACUGAUGAACUUCAAAGUAUUGUUGGGAUAGCUUCAAGCCUACCAAAUCUGCAAGUGUUGAAGUUGUUUUCUUCUCGUGUUUGUAUUGAUAUCAGUUUGAUGGAAGAGUUGCUACUCUUGGAGAACUUGAGUCUCUUAACAGCAACUGUAAAUGACGCCUUGGUUUUGGAAAAUAUACAAGGAGUGGACCGACUAGUGAGCAGUAUUCGAGCUUUAUGUAUCAAAAACAUGUCAGCCCCGGUUAUCGUAUUGAACACGGUAGCUCUGAAUGGCCUUCAACACGUUGAAAUUGUGUGCUCGCAAAUCUUGGAGAUAAAGAUAGAUUGGGAAAGCAAAGGAACAGGGGAGCUUCAAAGUACAAGUUCUGCCGGAUUUCAACACCUCUCCACCGUUGAAAUAUUCAACUUGCAAGGUCCAAGGGAUUUGACAUGGUUGCUGUUUGCUCAAAACCUCAAGCGUCUAUCUGUGACUCUGUCAUUGACCAUAGAAGAAAUAAUAAACAUGGAGAAAGGAAUGGAUAUUACCAAUGCACAUCCUGAUAUCCUUGUUCCCUUUGGAAAGUUGGAAUUCCUUGAAGUAAGAGGUUUGGAUGAGUUAAAGAGAAUCUGCUGGAACCCUCCGGCUCUUCCAAACCUGAGACAGUUUGAUGUCCGAAGCUGCCUUAAGCUUCCGGAAGCUGCCACCGAGUUUCCACGACACGCCGAAGAAUAA